AUGGCAACGUCCACGCAAUUGACGGACAGCUUCCAUUUUUUCUGUUUAUUUCUGUUUUGUUUAACGGUCGCAGACAUUAAAAUAAUGAUAAUGGCCGUUAUUACUAAAGUUACGCUUCUGAAAUGGACAUAAAUAAAUGAGGGUAGCUUAUAGUUUGGUCUUGAGGUUGAGAGAUGACACCCAGCACCUACAGACCUGAGCUGACGUCACUGCCAGUCGAAGUUCCUUUAAUAAUACAAAACAUUAAAGGUGCGCGAGACAUUCAACCUUCAAAGGACUCCUCGACUUCUCGGUGGUCCGGCGGUAACACUCACGGUAAAUGUUGUUUCAUCAGGACUGAAAUACUCAAACAGCCCGAGAUAUUCCAGUAAUGUAACGUCACACAAUGUCCGCUCUAUGGGGCAUUUCCUUCCAUCUUUAGCCAAAGAUAGUUCAGCAAUGACCAACUUUACCUCAGACAAAAAUGUGUUUGAUAAUGAUACUUCCGGUCGGCAUUUUGAUAAAAGAUGGAGAAAAGGAGUCUACAUCACAAGUGCUUUUGGAGCUUCAUCUAACAGGAUCAUCUCAACAUCUCAACAGGAUGAUAUUCUUAUCAAACAAAACUCCUCGAUGCCUUUACCUUAUCCAGAGUUCCAUGUUUAUCGGUCUCACAAUUUAACCAGAUUUGCCCAUCGCAAAGAAUUUUCCUUGGGCAGCCCAAAACCUCUUGUUUUUGGGGCUGAUUAUCUCACCUCAUUUCCGUCAGUCCUGUUACCAGCUAUCACCCCGUAUGUCAGUGAGAGGCUCCGUCUUUCUCAAAACUAUAAAAACAGGUCAAUGGUGAAAGACAAGGCGCGUAAUCUCUUCAAUAUUGAAGCUAAAAACAAACUUCAGUCCUACCCCGAUCCGCUCCUGGGUGCCACAUCCUCUUUUGUUCAGAGGCUGACAGAGAUCUCCUCCCUGGAGGCGGAAACCAUCCGGCAGGAGAAAAUUAGGAAACUCAAAAAGAUCAGUAGGCAGGACUCUUAAUUAGUGUUUGUUAGCCAACGAGAAAACACACAGCUGAAUUAAGAAUCGUGCCAAGGUUGUGUAAACUAAAUUAGGGUUAACAGCUGAUGAAUAAAUCAGUGUAAAUACACCACAAAUGGGCUGUAGCUACAUACAUUAUGAAUGAAUAUGUUACAUUUUUGGUGUAAACUAACUGAAAGUGUUUUAUUUUGAACCAUAUUUACCUGAAAAUGCGUAUUUUCCAUGAAUAACUGCCUUGAAUUACAGUGAUAAUGCAUUUAUGUGAUAUUUUAAUAGAAAAACAAAAGAAGUAUUGAAAAAGGUUAAAAUGGAAAGGUAUCGCAAUUGGUAAGAUUAAAAGGAAGUGUUUAUUUUCAAAGAUUGUGUACUUUUUUACUACAGAUACAGUUGUACAUUUUGUAAAACAAUAAAAAAGUAUCAGAUUAUCAAACAUCUGCCCUCUGGU